AUAUAAGUCUUUACGUACCAGGAAUAUGUUUCUGUCCUUUGUUUUUCAUUGUUUGACAUUGGUCAGUUUCGCCUCUGCACGUUUAAGAGUGACAGUGAGUAAACGCUAUUGUGGCGUUCAGGCUGGAAAUGACGUCACACUUCAAUGUUCAAUCGACUCGAACGAAGGUACCUAUUCUGUGUUCUGGAGAAAAUCACAGCAUGGUAAAAUAUACAGCAGUACUGACAGCAGAAUUAACGAUAAAUAUUCCGGAUCAUCCCCAACAAAUCCAUCAUUGACCAUACACGACUCAAACGAAGCAGACUCUGGUGAUUAUCGGUGUGUAGGCACAACAGAUAGGGGAAAUCGGCGCAGUGACUGGAUACGUCUCUAUGUUACAGACGUGAGGGUGCCAAAGACUACAUACUCUGUUUUAGCGGGACGUACCAUCACACUUGAAUGUUCGAUUUUGCCACCAAAAUACCUAUCUAACGUACACUGGACCAAAGAGGGGGGACAAGCUCAGGUGUUCAGCUCUGUCAGUCCGCGGAAUACAAAAUAUUCUGGAUCUUCCUACAGAAUGCCUUCAUUGACCAUACGUGAUACAAAUGUAAAGGACACUGGUACCUAUACAUGUAGAGGGCUGAAAUCAACAGGUAAAACCUACUCCAGGUCACCUCUAAACUUAACUGGUUCUCCAAUCACCUUAACAGUGUAUAACCCAUUUGCCGUCACAAUCAAACCAAGCAAAGAAAAUAUUUCGAAACAGAUAGGAGAUUUUCUCCCAGAAAGAACAUGUGUAUCAGAUGACUGUCGAGGUAAAUGUGAAGUUGUGUGGACUUUACCUAAUGGCAGAAAGAAGAAAGACAAUAUCUUCAACAAAAAUAUCUCAAAGGACGACACUGGGAAAUACACAUGCACAAUCAGCAAUGAGGCACAGAGUGAAUCGAUAUCCUUCUACGUCACCGUGAACU